AGCCGCCUCAGCACCGCCAUCGUCUGUUGCGUUAGCUGCGCUGCACUGCCUGUAGCGACCGGAGCCUAUUGACCGUCCGGAUCCGGAUACCAGUUACCCUGCCGCCGUUCCGGCCGCCGUUCCCGCACAGUCCCGGAGUAAAGCGGUAAAAGCGGCUCAGGAGCGGCGGAUCGAGGCGCGGACCGGCUCGGGAGCGGCUGGCUGCUGAUGCUUCCAUCCGUAGGCGCGUGACCCGGUCCGGAGCGGUUGUGGUGCGGGCUGCUGGGGCUGGGCCUGGAUUUGAACGGAGCCAAUCAUAGAUGUUUUCACUCCAUCUUUAAUUGAAUGGAAUGCAAAUACUCCAGUGUGGUACCCCAGUGCUCCCUGUGAAUAUAGAUAAUGGGCUGUGUACAAUGUAAGGACAAAGAGGCAACCAAACUGACGGACGAGAGAGAGACCAGUAUCUCACAGCACACCGGGUACCGCUAUGGGGCCGACCCCACGCCCCAGCACUACCCCAGCUUUGGAGUCACCGCCAUCCCCAACUACAACAACUUCCACGCCCCCGUCAGCCAGGGGGUGACCGUGUUCGGCGGAGUCAACUCGUCCUCACACUCUGGAACCCUGCGCUCUCGGGGUGGAACAGGAGUUACACUCUUUGUAGCACUUUAUGAUUAUGAGGCAAGGACAGAGGAUGACCUCAGCUUCAGGAAAGGAGAAAAAUUCCAGAUUCUCAACAGCACGGAAGGAGACUGGUGGGAGGCGCGCUCGCUCACUACAGGUGGAACCGGAUAUAUACCCAGUAAUUACGUGGCUCCAGUAGAUUCCAUUCAGGCGGAAGAUUGGUACUUCGGUAAACUGGGCCGGAAGGAUGCGGAGCGGCAGCUGCUGUCUAAUGGAAACCCUAGGGGCACUUUUCUCAUCAGGGAGAGUGAAACCACUAAAGGAGCAUACUCUCUGUCCAUACAGGACUGGGACGACAUUAAAGGAGAUCAUGUGAAACACUACAAGAUCCGCAAGCUGGACAACGGAGGAUAUUACAUCACCACCAGAGCGCAGUUCGAGACGCUACAGCAGCUCGUGCAGCAUUAUUCCGCGAGGGCCGCAGGGCUGUGCUGUCGUUUAAUAGUCCCCUGCCACAAAGGCAUGCCCCGCCUCGCCGACCUGUCCGUCAAAACCAAAGACGUGUGGGAGAUCCCGCGGGAGUCGCUGCAGCUGAUCAAGCGUCUGGGGAACGGGCAGUUCGGGGAGGUCUGGAUGGGUACUUGGAAUGGGACGACUAAAGUGGCAGUGAAGACCCUGAAACCCGGCACCAUGUCUCCGGAGUCGUUCCUGGAGGAAGCACAGAUAAUGAAGAAGCUGAGGCAUGAUAAGUUAGUGCAGCUGUACGCCGUGGUCUCGGAGGAACCCAUCUACAUCGUCACAGAGUACAUGGGCAAAGGAAGUUUGCUGGAUUUCUUAAAGGAUGGUGAAGGACGAGGCCUUAAAUUACCAAACCUGGUGGACAUGGCAGCUCAGGUUGCUGCAGGAAUGGCUUACAUCGAAAGGAUGAACUACAUCCACAGAGACCUGAGAUCAGCCAACAUCCUCGUGGGCGACAGCUUAGUAUGCAAGAUCGCCGACUUCGGAUUGGCCAGGCUGAUAGAGGAUAACGAAUACACAGCUCGACAAGGUGCAAAGUUCCCCAUCAAGUGGACGGCGCCGGAAGCUGCUCUGUACGGACGGUUUACCAUCAAAUCAGACGUGUGGUCGUUUGGAAUACUGCUCACAGAGCUGGUGACCAAAGGACGCGUGCCCUAUCCAGGCAUGAAUAACCGCGAGGUGCUGGAGCAGGUGGAGCGUGGCUACAGGAUGCCCUGCCCGCAGGACUGCCCCAUCUCCCUGCAUGAGCUCAUGCUGCAGUGCUGGAAGCGAGACCCCGAGGAGCGGCCCACCUUCGAGUACCUGCAGGCCUUCCUGGAGGACUACUUCACUGCCACUGAGCCACAGUACCAACCAGGAGACAACCUGUAAACCACAGGAGCCCCGCCCGGGACCACAGGACAGACGGACGGACGGAUCAGCAGGACGGACCGCCAAAACACCAAGGAGACUGACUGCCCUACACGAGGACGUUGCCACUGAUACGAUGCACGUACGACCGACGACUAAAGCUUCCAGAAACCUCGCCAUCUCCAUGAUCUCCAUGAUCUCCAUGAUCUCCAUGAUCUCAAACUCUAUCUCCAUCCAGCUCUCCUCCACACCUUACCGACACUCUUAUCUUCCACCGAGAGGACGCGCCACAUUUACAUAUAUCAGUAAAGCCAAAUAACGAUGAAUUAUUAUAAUAAUAAUAAUAAUAAUAGUGUUUGGGGACCCCAGUCCCGGUCUCCAGUAAGCGUUCGGGGAGGGAGGGAGGGAUUUGGGGUUGUGGGAUUUGGGAUGAAUAAGGAAUUAAGGAGGAAUAAGGAAUAUUGAAUAUUCAAAAAAAUAUGGCCUGUUUGUAUGUAGUGUAAAUAUAUAUGACCGUGUUUACUUACCUCCCUCUCCCCUGUUUUAGGCUUUAUUACUUUUUAUAAUGCUUAAUGUUAUACAUUUUUAUUUUUGAUUUUUUUUUUUAGUUUGUUUUUUUUUUGUUUGUUUUUUUCCAAGAGGAGAUUCAUUGCACAGAGAAAAACGUGAGAAAAACGUGUGAAAACAUGAAAAACGUGGAAAAUUAUGAAAAGCAUGAUGAAAACUGAGGCCAAAAGUAGUAGUAGUAGAACAAAAAAAAAGAAGAAUAGCUAUUUUUUUUUCACAUGAAUGGAAUAGAAAUGAUUCUGGAAAUCAUUUCUAUUUAACUCCAGUAAAUUCCAGACGAAUAUUGAAUAUUGAAUAUUAAAUAUUGGAUCAGCCUCUUUAAAAAAAAAAAAAAACUACUGGGACUCUGUAUUGUCAUUAUUAAACUGUCUGAUUGCUGUUUAAUAAUUGAUAAUUAUUAAUGAUUAUUAAUAUUACAGUAUCUACAUUCCCUUUUUGAUUAUUUUAAGUUUAUUUGUUUAAUUUAAGGACUACUGCAGAGCGUAGAGAUACAGUAGAUAUAGAGCUUUAUUAAAAACUGACACUCAACAUUGUGACCUUCCACUGAGGGAAGGGUAGGGUGUGUCCACUUUUGGCUUUAGUGACUCUGCUGGGCCUUAUUAUUAUUAUAAUUAUUAUGAUUAUGAUUAUUAUUGAUUAUUAUUAUUACUAUGAUUUGCUCCUGCUUUUAGCAAAAGCUCAGUGUCUCCAUUUUUUUUCUUGCUACAUAAAAAAUGAUGAUAAUAAUGAGUGCAUUUUCUAUUUAAUCACUUUUUUGGAUUAACGAUAGAAUAAUUAUGCAUCAAUAUAGUAAUCAGGCUGUGUGGGCAUUAUGCUUGACUAUACCUGCAUCUCUCUCUCUCUCUCUCUCUCUCUAGCAAAGAAUAAAAUAAACGGCUAACAUCAUCACUGUUGUAAGAGGUAUAAAAUCCAGUUAAAUCCAUUUAAAUGCAUUAUAACAUGCGCUAUGAAUUAACAUGACUCA